AUGCUUCAAUGCGCCAGGAGAUGGGCUUCGACCGGCGCAAGCAGCACGAAUCAGCUGGCCGACCUCGAAUCCACAACCACCUUCACAGCACCUGCACCUGAUCAGAACGUGACCGAGGCUUUCCAUGCCUCGCAGAGGUCGAGGGACAGUGAGCACAAGCUUCCGGGAAACAGAUACCAGUACCAUCCUCCCAAAUACUACCGCGGCCCUCUACACCCCGUGCAGAUGCCUCCGUCGUCCGAUCCCACCGCCCGAGACUUUGUCCCUGGUCCGUUCAGCUUCCCACGGCUGAAGCACACAUACGACAGCACAAUUGCGCCCGAUCUGUUGACCCUCACCUACACGCACGUCCCGCCCGGGACCCCCCCCAGCGAGUCGCAAAAGGGCACUCUAAGGGAAUGGGAUGACUCUUCCCCCUACCACAAGAACCGCCCGCGUCGUGGGCCCCGUGGAGGCGGCUCGUCGAGGCUGGGCAUACUCGAGCGCAAAAUCACUUGGACCAACAUUCCCGAGAUCGAGGCCGUCACCAUCAACUCUUUCGCCCCUAUGGCCUCGCAGAACAAGGAGUAUCUUCACGUCGCACUGGCGGUGGUGCAAGCCAUCACGGGCAGGCAUGCAAACACAACCACCAUCAGGCGCAGCGUGAUCCAGUGGGGCAUCAAGAAGGGCGACAAGGCAGGUGCCAAGGUGACGUUGCGCGGCGCCGCGGCGUACGAAUUUGUCGACAAGCUUGUGACGCUAGUACUCCCCAAGAUCAAGGACUGGCCUGGCAUCAAGGCCAGCACGGGAGACAGCGCGGGAAAUCUGGCCUUUGGCAUGGAGCCCGCGUGGAUGGCGUAUUUCCCAGAGAUGGAAAACAACUAUGACAUGUACCCCCCGAAGCUGAUGCCCGGCUGUCACAUCUUCAUCCACACGACCGGCACGUCUGACAGGCAAGGACGCCUUCUGAUGGAGGCACUAGGGUUCCCGUUCUACGGCGAGGUUACUCACUAA